CGCCGCAGCGCCGCCUGCCGGCCGGAGCCGGCCCUCCGAGACGGGCGCGGGCACUGCCUGGCUGAAGAGCGCCCCAGGCGGCGUCUGCGCGGCCGCGCCCUCGUGCCCGCGCGUGCCCGGCCCGACGGGGGCCAGCCCGGGGUUGCCCGGGGGAUGGGGCAUCCUCAGCGGCCUGCUCCCAGCUCAGCUCCCACCUCGUCUGGCGCGGGGCCCUCAGCCCGUCGCGGCCCACACGCAGCCCGGUGCCGUGCGAAGGGUAACGGAGGGCGCCCGGUGUCCCUCCAGCCUUGGCUUUGGGUGCCCUCGCGUGUCCCCUCUCCCGGGCUCUUCUCGGUGCGGGCCGGUCCUUUCAGUCGCCUCGUGCGGAGCCUGUCCCGUCGCCACCGCCCGCCCCAGUCUUACUGGGAACCCCCAGCCGUGAGUCGCGGAGCCGGGGCGCCUGACCCGGGUUGGGAGGACCCUGCUGCUGGGCAGCGUGUGUUCCCAUGGGGCCAGAAUCCGGGCGCUGGAGCCUGCGGCGGACGGAGGGUCCCAGCGCCCAGGCUCCAGCCCAUCGGGAGCUCUGUAUCGCUGUUUGCCCCUCUUUCUGCUCCGUCUUUUUUCAGUUGGGGUAUUCUGAAUGAAAAUAUAACAUCGGUUUACAUAAUGGUUUUAGUCCUCUUUUCUCUCCUGUUAUUUUGAUUGCCUAACAUUUUCCUUGCUUUUUGACUUCUGCUACGUAUUGAACAGAAGUUUUCAGAACUAUCCACGGUGACGUCAAGGUCUUUUCCCUGAGUGCUUACAUUUCCUUUAGAUCCCAAAAACGUGUAUACAUAGGUUAAAUUAUUCCUUACUGUGGGCAACCUUUCAUUUGCCAGUGUAUCUUCUCUGCCAUCAUACUGCCCAGUCAGCUAGUUUUGUUCCUCACAGUCUUGCCUCGCCUUGACUAAAAUUAAAUAAUCUUGUGUCAUUAACAGAUAUUGUCACCUCCCUGUCACCCCUUAUUCCAGACUGCUUACAUGUUAAACCACUCCAGUUCUAAUACAGAUCUUAGGGCAACUCACUGUUAACCUUUUGCCAUUAGUUCAAACUUCUUGUUUUCUGUUUCCUCGCUGUCAAUAUCUAAUGAGAUAAAACUUCACCUCUCAUCCCAUGGCUACUUAGUUUUCUUAAGAGCCUCUUGUAAGAGACUUUGCAUAAUUAGCACAGGAAAAAUAUCAAAUUCUGUUAUGAGAUGUAAAUACAGAAGUAUGGCUUCCCAAAGUCGCUAAUCAACAGAACUGUUUUCAUGCCAAAGAGAAAGGGGAGCAGCAGCAGUUCUUAGGUGAUGCUCUGGCACACCGAUGAUUCAUGGAAUUCCUAGUCUGCAGAAUGUUUGUAAAAUGAACAAUAAGUGAUUGGGGUGUAUUUGAUGUGAUAUGGCGCCACAGAAAGAUCUGUCUCAUAUCUUAUAAAGUGCCCCACAAAAUGACUCAGUGGGAGAUCUGCUGUUCGACAGAAUCUGUUGCUACUGGCACAGGAAAGAAACCUUCCAAGCAGCAUGUAAGGAGAGCUGUUCUUCCUCUCCCUGAAAAGAAAAUGGAGAUGGUUCUUAACUGUAGAUGGGCUCUUGAUACUGCUAUUCAACCCUAAUAUCCCCAGAAAGAGGGACUAGGACUAGACUGUCAUUCCAAAUGCUAAGCAGAGGAACCCACUGGUUCACUAGGGCACAACACCAUUCAAUACAAAAAAGCUGCACAAACAGGGAGACCUAUUUGUACCCUUCUUUUGUCCCUAAUCAAAUUGGCUUUUUGUUACUCAGAACACACACCCACUAUUUGCAGCCACAUACUCCAGGUGGAUUCAGCAGGCUUACAAUUUGUGAGGGUCUCUCCAAGUAAGAAAAGGGCUCCAAACUGGCAAAGGAACCAUGACUUGUCCAAAUUCCAGAGAGGAAGAUUGGGCAGUGAGUUACCUCUCCUACUGCUGAAUUGGUUUAGUAAUUGUUUAGCUGCCUCUCUUUCUUGUGCUGCUGAAGGAGGUUGCUGGAUUAUGAUAGAACAUAUCUUUUUUAUACUGCACAGGAAUAACAGAUUCCUUUAUUAUGUGGGCAGCGUGAGAUUUCAGAGUCCUUAACUCUUCAUAUCCUUGAUUUUAAGUAGUUGGCACUUAAAUUAGGUGAUAGGUAACUAUACUGUUGUCAUUUAGCAACCUUAACUGGCUUUGGAAAGCAUUUUUAUUGGGUUUCAGCCAGAACCCUAAAGUUUAAAUUGUGAACAUAAAUCCUACAUUUACAUGUGAAAUGUGGAGUUUGAACAUAUUUUGUGCAUGAAGUUUAGGAUCCUAUGUUGAAUCAUUUGGCCGUAACAUUUUUGCAUUGUAUUAAUAUGAUUAUUUUAUUUUUGACUGUGUCCAAAAGCUUCCCAGGCCCUUCACAGAACACAGAGAAAGGCAGAGCACCUGGCCAAAAGUGCUUCCUAUCUAAUUUUAUGCAUUCCACCUUUUCUUUGUGAAAUACAGUGAAAUGCUUAGAGUACAGUGCAAUAGGUGAACAAAUCUGUGUUUUAUAUGCUUUAUACGGAUUUGAGGCCAGACCUGUAUUCAGUUAUACACAAGUGUGUGCAACUGAGAUGUCAAUCUCACCGUCUAUGUUCAGGCAGAUAUUUAGGAUGACUCCUCCUACUUUUGCUCAUUUCCUUGAAAUCUUUGUGUUUCUGAACCCAUUGAGUAAUAAAGGGAGUAUUUAGCGAAGUAUGACUUAGAGCCUGCUGAACUUCCUUGUUAGUCCUGAAUUCCAGGCAGGCGCACCUGUCUGUCAGCAAAGACCUGGGUGAGGCUUUAGGCAGCUGCCAAGAUAGCCAGACCCUGAAGGACUUUAGAGAGGAAUCUGUUUUAUUUGGGUAUACGGAGAGAAAAUGGCAUAUCGAGACUUAGUAAGAGGCUGGCAUGAAGGAAUUCUGGCUAUGGAUAAGGGGGACUGGGACUCUGCCUUGAAAAUCUUCUCCAAUAUCGAAGAGCCAUCCUCCAGGAUCUAUUUCAACAUAGGCUGUGUGCAUCUCUUAACAGGGAACCCUGAGGGAGCCUUGCAGGCCUUUGAUAAAACAGUUACCAAGGACAACCAUCUAGCUGUUGGCUUCUUUCAAAGAGGGUUUGUCCAUCUGCAGUUAGCAAUGUAUGAAGAAGCUCUGUAUGACUGCAGCAUGGCCCUCACUCACCUAAGAAAUAACCCUUUCAUUGACUACAAACAACUGGGACUAAGGCACAUGCUCUGUGCCUGGGAGGUGCUGUACAAUACUGCAGCAGUGCAGUGCCGGCUUGGGCUGUGGCAGGAAGCUAGAAGAACCCUGGAGGAGGCUGUCAGACAGAGGCCUGAAGGAAGACCCACAAGCCUGGAUGCUGCCCUUGAGCGGGUGCAGAAUCAUCUCCUCCUGGAGCCCAUACAUGUUCCCCGGGGGGAAUUUUUCAGACCACGAAAGGAGGAAGUUGAGCAGCUGGAUUCAAAAGAUUUCCUGGGUAAACCCAAGGUUAUCUCCUCCGUCAUUCCCAAUGAUGAGUACAUCGGAUUUGAGCCUCUCAGGCCACAGAGACAGGGCUUUUACGAACCCAGUGUCAAUGCUGUGCGAGACCACGACUCAGGUUACUAUCGAGUCGUGACUCAUUAUUACCCGGAGGACUCCGAAGAGAUGGCAGUGAAGGGCAGCACUAUCAUCUUUGUACUAAAUAAAGGGGCAGAUGGCUGGGCUACAGCCAUAUGUGACGGACAGAAACUGCGUAUACCGACCUCUCACCUGGAGCCUGUUCAUGCCCCCAAGGCUGAUAAAUGGAAAGUCAGUAAUGGGAUCCCGCUUCCCCCUGUUAAAGUACCCCCCAACCGGCCCCACUUGCAGGAAAUGGACCAGCAGCAGCCAGGACCUGCUGAGGGAGAAGACACUGCUGCAAAUGAUGCUGAUCCGCAAGCAGACUCGCAGGUGCAAUGUUCCCCAAUGUCACAAACCAUUAAGGCUAUAAAAUCACUGGUGCCAAAGGUCCCACUGGCUCAGGACAAAGCAUCCUCCAGCGAGAACAGAUCCAUCCUGCUGAAAGUCCACUGUGACUAUACAGUUAAAGUGAACAAGGCCCUGACCUUGUCAGACCUCAGGUCUCUGCUGCGGGAGACAUUCAGCCAGCAGGCAGAGCUUGGGAAGCUGAGCUGCAGGCUUUCAGACAGCAAAGAGUUCAUUGUGAUUUCGGGAGAAGAGGAACUGGGGAAGAUGUGGCAGCAGGUGACAGAUGGGAGGCUGACACUCUGGUGCCAGGGCACAGAUGCCUGUUCAGACAGACCUGUUCUCUACAGGAUGGUAGCACAUCAUGGUUACACAGCGCAAAGGCCUGAGGAUCUGGAAUUCAAUGAAGGAGACACACUGGACAUUCUCUCUGAAGUGAAUGAGGAAUGGCUUGAAGGCCAUUGCAAUGGCAACUUUGGCAUUUUCCCCAAGUGCUUUGCUGCUCAGGCCAGCAUUGGGGCUGCCCUCCCUUAGAGAAGAGAUGCUUCUUCCUGCCAGACUCCACAAGAAGCCAGCUGGGCUCUGGACCCCACCUCACCUUACUCAUGUCUCCCACAGAACAGGAGAAGCUUGCGAUAAUUCAUUCAGGUCUGACCAUCGCCAGCCCUGCUAGGUAUUUAAUGAAGCUGCCCACACAGGACGCUUCCCAGUGUGGGACCCCAUUAUCCAGAAACCCAGCAGGAUUAGUUUCUGUAGCAGAAAUAGCAUUUUCUAUGGCAUGUGUCUGGCCUCAGUAUAAUAAUAGAAGUGAGAUGACAGGUCUGACUGGGGAGUGGGGGAGGUGGGAUCUGGGUGCAAGGCAUGGGGUGGUGUCUCAUGAAGGACACUCUGAGAGGUGCUGA